CUCCAUUCCUAAAUCCCCGCAGAGUGGAAGGCAAAGGCAACACACAAACCACAAUCCUCCUCUCAGCUCGCAAGUACUCCCAACCCUAGCGAGAGGAUUCGAAGGAGGAGGCGGCAGCGGCGGCGAUAGGAGAGGGGAGAUGGUGUUCUUCGGGCUGUUCGUCGGGGCGGAGCUCGACGGCCUCACCAACCUGCAGCCCAGCGGCGGCUGCGACGACCCCAAAUACCCUUACUACUUCAAGCUGCGGUGCGAGAACUGCGGGGAGACGAGCGCCAAGGCCACCUGCGUCUCCCUCGACGAGGUCGUCGACCUCGGCAAAGUCACCGUCAACCUCUCCCAGAAGUGCAAGCUUUGUGGGAGGGAGGGAUCAGUUGUGAUGAUUCCUGGGCAGGGAACACCACUCACUGCUGAGCAGAGCCAGAAAGGAGAGAAAGCUUGCUUGAUGGUCUUUGAAUGCAGAGGCUUUGAACCUGUUGAUUUUGCUUUUGGUAAUGGCUGGAAGGCUGAAUCUGUACAUGGGACAUCAUUUGACAUUGAUCUUUCUGAGGGGGAGUUUGAUGAGUACGAUGAGAAGGGAGAGUGCCCUGUCGCUCUAUCCAAGCUGCAGUCAACAUUCAAAGUGGUGAAGAAGCAGGGAUCACACGGGAAGGCUAGAUAUGUCUAGAACCACUGUCUCUUGGGGGUCAUGAAGCAUUGCAGUUGGAGAUGUAUAAAGCUUAUCUACAAAAACGAAACCUUGCUGUCAAUCUCUAUAUGAACUAAGUUUGUGCACAUACAUGAUAUCCUUCUGUUGAUUCGGUGGGUAUGUCCUGAUGAAUUUAGUUGAGCUUGCAGUGAUAUGACCUGCUACUCUGCUAGGACCCAGUGGUAUUAACCUGUUACGUCACGUUGCCAUUGUUCACUGGUUGUCUGAGCUGGUCUUUGAUCUCGUACGCCCAUACCAUAUCAAUCAUAAGUUUUCUUCCUUUC